AUGUGGAUCAAGUUCACUGAGCGAGGAACCUAUCGUUGGACAGACAUUCUAACCUCACUUCUCAAAGAGUAUAAUACCAAGAUUCAUCGAACAAUAGGUAUGAGGCCAGUAGAUGUGCAGAAGAAGCAUGACAAAGUGCUGCUUUCCAGGCUUAGCAAACAAAGACGAGAGUAUAAGGAUAAGUUGGAUAGUAAACUGAAAAACAAGUUCUAUCCUGGUCCUGGUCAAAACAUUGAGCCAGUCGAUAAGGUGGGAAUCAGCAAGUAUAAAAAGACUUUUGACAAGUGUUAUCUAGCCAAUUGGACAAAUGAGCUGUUCACAGUAACACGUGUACGUCACACAGUACCUGUAACAUAUGAAUUGGAAGACUAUAGAGGCGACCCAUUGAAGGAGGAUUCUAUUCUGAAGAAAUUGUGA